AUGACUCAGAAUCACCCUCUUCCGCCGCAGCAAACGCCUCACUCACCUCGCCGGAUUCCCAAUCCCCGAGUUCUCAUCGUCGGGAAUUACUGCCACGACGUCCUGAUCCAAAACGGUGCCGUCGUAGCUGAAACCCUCGGCGGCGCUGCCUCCUUCAUCUCCAACGUCCUCGAUUCUUCCUCCGUCGCCUGCGAUUUGGUCUCCAAAGUCGGACGCGACUUCAGGUACGAGGUCACCCACCCUCCGAUCGUCGCUCCGGAGAAGGAGACCACGGUUUUCGAGGCAUACUUCGAUCUGGGAAUCGACGGGGUCGGUCACGCUGAUCGGGUUCUGAAACGGGUCACUGCAUGCGAUCCGAUUCUCCCGUCGGAUAUCCCCGACUCGAGAUUCGAUUUCGGGAUGGCUGUUGGCGUCGGCGGCGAGAUUCUCCCGGAGACGCUCGAAAAGAUGGUGGAGAUCUGCGACGUGGUGGCUGUGGACAUUCAAGCUCUGAUCAGAGUUUUCGAUCCGGUUGAUGGAUCCGUGAAGCUUGUGAAUCUGAAGGAGAGUGGGUUUCAUCACAUCUUGCAUAGAGUCGGGUUCUUGAAAGCUUCGUCAGACGAAGCUCUUUUCAUGGAUGUUGAGCAGAUGAAGCAGUUGUGCUGUGUGGUGGUGACUAACGGUGAAAAAGGGUGUAGGAUUUAUGAUAAGGAUGAUGAAACUGUGGUACCUCCGUUUCUGGCGAAGCAGGUGGACCCUACCGGCGCCGGAGAUAGCUUUCUCGGUGGUUUGGUGGUUGGGCUUGUGGAGGGUUUGACUGUUCCUGAUGCUGCAUUGUUGGGGAACCUCUUUGGUUCAAUCACUGUGGAGCAUAUUGGUCAGCCCAAGUUCGAUUUGAUGAUGCUUCAGAGAGUAAAGGAGGAGGUACAGAGAAGGAAGAAGCAAUGUAAUCUAUCAAGCAGCCAUAAGAAUAACAAUGAUCGUGACGAGUUCCAUGCGCGUCUAAGUCCAGCUCGGUUUCAGGACUCUCCACUUCAACCAAAGUUAUUGGUCAACGGUCUCUCAGGUGACCGGUCAUGA